CUUCAAUUUUAUUUGACUCUCUCUUUAAGCCUCCUGAUAUACAACUUCACAUCGUGAAACCAAUUUUAUAUUCAUAAAAUAUUUAAAUGCUUAUACAAGGUGUUAGAUUACAGCAUUAUUUAGUUCAUAUAAUAGUUUUUAGGGUUACAAAUUCACUAUUCAUCUCUCGCCAAUUCCAAUUCAAACCAAGCCCAUGUCAAUGGUUCCAUCUCCAGCUGAGGGCUCAGGCCAAUCUCAGUCUUGGACCAUUCCAGCCUGUUGACAGUUCCUACAAGUUGGGAAAAUGGCAGCAAUCUGCAACUUCUGCAAUGAUUCAUCCAGAGGAUAUCUGCUAUUCCAACUAGCUGAAGGUUCUUGCUUCACCGGGCAGCUCUGAAUUGGAUGACAAACUAAAGUCAGAACUCGACCCAAACCAAACCAAUCCAUGUUAAGCCAUUUCUUGCAUUGAUUUGUUUGAAGAAGAGCUUCUUUGAUCUCCCUUUCACCCCACAUAGCUGACAGUCUCUUCCAACCAUGAGAGACAAGAUACACAUGUUUUAUAAUAAGUUUGUCAAAAAAGUUGAGGGUCUAGAGUCGUCCUUAGCUGCUCAUAAAGCAAAGAGUAAGUGCUUUUAUAUUAAAUCAUUCCAACAUGAUGUAUGAGGAUCAAUUAGUGUCUCCAACUUGUGAUGUAUUAUAUUAUAAUCAAAACUUCAUUAAUUUAUCACUUCUAGAGAUCAUCAACUAAAUUUUCAAUUCCCUAUUGUAUGUUUCAACUCCUUGAGCUUCAAGAAAACUUCUUGCGCAGCCAGAAUCAAAUAGCAUAUGCAUCAACUUGCAAGUCGGGGCCACCAUCUCCAUUUGUUUAUUCCUGUGAUAUGUUUAAACUCCUGCAAGAAAACUUCUUGCCCCGCAAGAAUCCAAUAGCAUAUGCAUCAACUUGCACAUCAGCGCCAUUAUCUACAUUUGUCUAUUUCUGAUUGUCUUCAGCUCUGAUACCCAAGGAAUGGAACUAUAUAUAACACAAGAAUUCUAUCAUUGUAUGCCAAGAUAUCUAGAUAUCUUAAUUGAUAGGCUAAAAGACAAGGCAUGGAGCUCUCCUCUUUGCAGCCAGUCUUCUUCUUCUUCCUCCUUCCCCUCUUCUUCUUCCUCUUCUUCUACCAGAAUCCAGCAAAGAAACGUAACUCCACAAAGCUCAAAACCUACCCACUGCUAGGAAACCUCCCUCAGUACCUUCAAAACCGCCACAGAUUCCUCGAAUGGUCAACCGAAAUACUCAUCAAAGCCCCAACCUACACAGUGACACUCCAGAGCCCAGGGCAGGUCAGUGGAGUCAUCACAGCCAACACCUUAAAUGUUGAGCACAUGCUGAAAACCAACUUUGUGAACUACCCAAGAGGCGAGCGGUCCAUUGCCAUGCUGGAGGACUUCCUUGGUCAAGGGAUCUUCAACUCUGACGGUGAGCACUGGAAGUGGCAGCGGAAGGCAGCGAGCUAUGAAUUCAAUAAGAAGUCACUUCGAAACUUUGUGGUGGACAUGUGCAGUAUGAGAUUAGUCAAAAGGUUGUUACCUUUACUCAAGAAGGCCAGCAAAAAGAAUGAGAUUGUAAACCUGCAAGAUGUUCUAGAACGCUUUGCAUUUGAUAACAUCUGCAAGGUGGCCUUCAAUGAAGACCCUGCCUGCCUUGCUGAAGAGAGAUCCAGCGAUAUGGUCUCUUCAGACUUCAUGAAAGCCUUCGAAGAAGCACAGAAUAUUGUUGUCGGACGAUUUUUGGAUGCACUGAAGGUCACCUGGAGGAUCAAGAAGCUACUCAACAUUGGAUCCGAGAGGCGGCUAAAACAACUAAUUUCAAUUGUUCACAACUAUUCCAUGAAUAUCAUUAGAUCAAGGAGGGAGAGACCUUUGGACCAGUACAAUGAUCUUCUGUCACGGUUUGCUUCAAACAAAGACAAUACAGAAGAAUUCCUUCGAGAUGUUGUGACAAACUUCCUUAUUGCUGGCCGUGAGACGACAUCAUCAGCACUGACAUGGUUCUUCUGGCUCCUCUCUACAAGACCUGAUGUGGAGAAAAAGAUACUAGAAGAAGUCAGAUCAGUCCAGGCCCUGAAUCAGAAUUCAAAUGAGACAUUUAGUUUCGAUGAGCUUCGUGAGAUGCAUUAUCUCCAUGCUGCAAUAUCAGAGUCGAUGAGGUUGUACCCUCCUGUGCCCAUUGACACACAGUCAUGCAAAGAAGAUGACACCAUGCCUGAUAGAACCUUUGUAGGUAAAGGAUGGUCUGUCACUUAUAGUGCUUAUGCUAUGGGAAGGAUGGAACACAUCUGGGGGAAGGACUGCAAUGACUACAAACCAGAGAGAUGGUUGGAAAACGGGGUUUUCCAGCCAGAAAAUCCAUUCAAGUAUCCAGUGUUUCAUGCUGGUCCCAGGAUGUGCUUGGGGAAGGAGAUGGCAUACAUACAGAUGAAGUCGAUCGUAGCUUGUGUGCUUGAAAGGUUUGAAAUCAAUGUUGUGGGGAAGGACAAAAGUCCAGAGCAUAUACUCUCAGUGACCCUGAGGAUGAAAGGAGGUUUGCCAAUUCAGGUUAAAGAGAGAGAGUUGAUGUGAAUCAUGUGAUAAACUAAAAGGCUAAGGUGACAUGCAAACAAUCGUAUCUGCAUUAUGCAAAGACUAGCAUGUAGCUUGUAGGAUUUGGGUUAUGUUGUAAUAAUUUUGUUUUUCCAGUCCUAUAUGUUACCAAAAAGGGAAAAACAUGCAGCUUUAUUUGUCAUGGUUUUGCAUUUAACAAAAAUGAGUAGAUUAUGCUGAUAGAAACAAAAGUGACUAUGUUGAUCCAUCUUAAUAUAAGCUAUGUA